GAAAAACAUUUUAAAGUUAAACCAACGGCUUCCCAUUCUUCUUUCUUCAUCCAAUUUGUUUUUUUGCUUUCAAUUUCUCAAAUCUCUGUUUCUCAUCAAUUCCACUCUUUGUUUUUCAGUUUUCACAUUUUCUUCUAUUCUGUCUGUCAAUUAAGGAAAAAAAAUCAAACUUUCUUUUAUUUCUGAAAGGCAGGCUUUCUUCUUACCUAGAUUUCCACUUCGCAAAAGGAACAGCGCAGAAGAUAGUUCAGUGAGGCUCUAUUUAUUUUCUGCAGGUAUUCACAGAGAGAAACAGAGAGACUAUCAACAAAAAUGGCCGAAUCUCUUGCCUCUGCUGCUGUCGAAAAUGUGACAAACCAGGCAAUGACAUACGCAUCACCCUAUCUCCGUUACUUUUUCUGUUAUGGAGAGAUUGUUCAAGAUUUCAAGAAUCGACGAAAGGAACUUAAAUUGAGGAAAGGUACAGUGAAAAGUCGUGUCGACGAGGCUAAAAGGCAAAUUGAGAUCAUCUAUGAUGAAGUCGAGGACUGGCUUAGAAGGGUUGAGAAAGAACUGGAAGAAACCCAGAACUUGGAAGAUGAAAUAGAUCGCGUCAAGUGUUUCAAAUGGUGUCCUAAAUGGGGCUGGCAAUAUUGCUUAAGUAAGAAACUGGCAGAGAAGACUCCUAUUAUCUCUGACCUUUUACAGACUUCUAACUUUGCACAGGUGGGCCGUCGUGGUUCUCUUAAAGGAAUAGAGUUCAUCACAUCCACGGAUUUCAGGGACUUUGAAUCUUCAAAAUCAGCUUUCAACCAGAUCAUGGAGGCUAUAAAUGCUGUCAACAUGAUCGGACUGCACGGAAUGCCAGGAGUUGGUAAGACAACUUUAGCCAAAGAAGUUGGGAAGCAUGCUCGAGAACAAAAGCUCUUCGAUAAAGUUGUGAUGUUUACUAUGUCCCAAAAUCCAAACAUCAGAACAAUUCAAGAUAAAGUUGCAGAGAUGUUUGGUUUAAAUUUUCGAACAAAUACCGAAGAAGGACGAGCAGAAGAGUUAUGGUCGAGAUUGAAAGUUGAGAAGCACAUCCUCAUAAUUAUCGACGACCUCUGGGACGAAUUCAAAUUGGAGAGUAUCGGAAUUCCAUUCGGCGAUGAACACAAGGGUUGUAAAAUUCUUCUGACUACACGUCAACAGCAAGUCUGCAGUAAAAUGAGGUGUCAGGAGGAAAUUCAACUUGGCAUCUUAUCCAAAGACGAAGCAUGGAUUUUAUUUAAAGAUCAAGCGGGUUUAGAUGACUGUUCCAUCUUGAAUGAGGUAGCCAAAGAGGUUGCUGGUGAAUGUAAGGGAUUGCCUCUUGCAAUUGUUACCGUGGCAAAAGCUCUGGAAGAUAGGAGUUUAGAUGAGUGGAGAGACGCAAAUCAGAGAUUCAAGGACUCAACGCUUUUGUAUGAUGAAGAAGUCCUCGGGGGUGUCCUCCAGCCUCUUAAGCUUAGCUACGAUUAUUUGAAGAAAGACAAUAACCAAAUGACGGUAAAUCACAUCCAAAUGUGCUUCUUACUGUGUUCGCUUUUUCCUGAAGAUGAUGAAAUCUGUACUGAGUUAUUGAUUAUGUGCGGAAUUGGAGUAGGAUUGUUCCCUAAUGUUUACUCGAUUGAAGAUAAAAGGAAGAAGAUUGUUGAAGCACUAAAAAAACUCCAAAAAUCUGGCUUGUUAUUGGAAGCUGAUUGUGCAUAUAUGAUGAGAAUGCAUGAUGUGGUUCGAGAUUUUGCUCAUUGGCUAACAUCAACAGGAGAAAAUAGGUUCAUGGUAAAAGAUAAGUUGAAAGAAUGGCCUGAUAUGGUUGAAAGUUUUGAAUGUUAUACUGCAAUCGCUUUAUGGAAUUGUAGUAAUAACAUAAAAAAUUUUCCUGACAAAGUGGAGUUUUCAAAGCUCAAGACUUUGUUUCUUCAGGGGGAGCAGAAGGCUGAUUCACUAGUGGUUUCCAGUACAUUUUUUGAAGAAAUGAAAGCCCUCCAAGUUCUAUACCUCAGAAAUGUUAGUUUCUCACUGAAAGGAUUUAAUUCCUUAUCAAAUCUUAAAACUUUGUGGUGUGAGUAUUGCAAGCUGGAAAACUUCUCAUCAUCACUGACGAAUAUGAGAAGCCUUGAGAUUCUUGCAUUGAUUUCGACUGGGAUUGAUGAGAUAAGUGAAGAAUUAGUGAAAUUGUCUACACUGAAAUAUUUACGUCUUUCUGGUGUUGAAGCAACAAUGAAAAUCCCCCCCAAGUUGGUAUCAAGGUUGACUUCACUACAAGAGUUACAUGUGAAGGAAAACGAUAUCAACUUAUUGGAGCUGAAUUCAUUGUCUCGUUUAACGGCACUAUCACUGGAACUUUCUACUAAUCAAUUUUCUCAAGAAGAUUUUGUGUUUCCUAAACUACGAAGGUACCAUAUAGUUGUAGAUGAUUGUUUUAGCUUUUGGGAGGAGCUAACCAUUAGACGAUUGACAAUUCAAAAUUUCUCAUCUUCAUUGAGUGCAUUUAACAAUUUAUUUUGCAAUGUGGAAAAGUUGAAGUUGAAGAAGGUUAGUGGACGGAAGAACAUAGUGCCAAGCAUAGGUAAAAAGGUACUAAAUGAGUUGACUUCUUUAGAGCUUGAUUCUUGUGACGAUAUGGAAUUUUUGAUUGAUAUAACAAGAGAUCAAGGGCCAACUGUUGCAUUCUCUAAUUUGGUGGAAUUAAAUAUACAAAGCAUGGUUUCUUUGAAAGGGUUGUGUUAUGAUCUUUCUCCAUCCCAUCGUGCAAUUGCAAGCCUCACAAGACUAAAGGUUGUGACAAUUAAAUCUUGCCCUAAACUGAAAACAAUCUUCCCACCUUGCGUUGCUCAGAGUAUGUUGUGUAUGGAAAAACUCUACAUAAGCAACUGCGAUGGACUAGAGCAAGUAAUUGGUUUUGCCCAAGAAGAAGAAAUUACUAAGGUAGAGAUGCCUAUUCUCCCCAAUCAUUUUGUUAAUUUAGUAACUAUUUUUACUUUUUGA